AUGGAACAGGAGAAAGGGAAGGAGCAAAUUGUUUUGGAGAAUAUACCAGAAGAAGAAGAGGCUGGGCAAAAGGUUAAUGAAGUUGUUUUGGAUCAAAAACAUGGUGUGGAUGGCAAUGGAGAAACUCAUAAUCAUGUUAUUCUUAAGAAUGAUAUCAAUCUGGAAUCAAUUGGUACUGAGAAAUCAACAUGCAACAUGAAGAGCGUAGAGUUGAUACAGACCCAAGACAGGAAGCAUAAGAGGGGUCCUAGAAAGAUAAGGGUACAAAAGACUAGAAAAUUAAAAGUGCAUAAGAUUUAUAAGAAGAGUAUGGCUAGGAAGGAGAAGCAGAAGUGGAUGCUCCUUAAGAAAUCACUGAGAAAGUCUAGUGGAAAUGAGGAUGGAGUAAUGUUG